CAUAACUCACCACUUCGCGUAUUUUUAAUUUUUGCGCAUUUUUAAUUUUGCGCAUUUUGUACGCCAUAUAGGUUGAGUACUACUUACUUUAACCACGUUAGCGUUCUAGCAAAUAUACCGUAAUCCGCGCUUAAUACAAAACAUGGUGUUCUUUUCCUCGGAGACCUUGUCGAUUUCGCUGUUCUCGCAUUCCCUGUAGUGCACUUUUGUUAUCGCAGCCAACCUGCGCUGUCGUCAUGUCUUGCGGAAUCUACCAACCAAGCAGCGUCGAUGUCCUGGACCCCUGCGGACUGGUACGCCAUGGACGCGUGGUAGAUGUGUCUCAUCACGGGUUCUUCGUGGACUUUCUCUGCCCCAGCCAACGACGCCAGUUCUUUCCAUAUGGCAGCGACGUUUUUCUUACAGAAGGGUCAAGGUGGUUAUGCAAAGAAGACACCACCCUAACAUUUAAUACAGUCGGCGAAAUUGUCCCUGUGGAGGUCCUGAUGCGCGAAACACCCACUUCACCAUGGACGUGGUUUCCUGGGGAAAUGAUCGGCCUUGCAAGUGAUCGAUUAUUGCCUGACUCGUGUAAUAUAGCUGUAAUCCAUUGGGGGACUGAUUUAACUCGCGCUGAUAUCGUCCCAAUCGAGCGAAUUCGCUGGAGAGUGCCGAGUGGCUGGUGGACAGCUGUGGAAUUGUCGCCUUUACCAGAAAUUCCUUGGUUUGGCACCGUGGAUGAUCCCAGUCGCCGGGGCAGUCUGCCGCAGCGCGUUACUGAAGGCACGUUCAAAAAGUACACCGUGCCGUUCCCGAAAGAAUUUUGUCACUUCUCUGGGGUGGAAUUACGUCGCUUGUUGAGUGGUGGUUGGGGUUUGGACGUGUUGAGCGACUGGCCGAUUUCGUUGGUGGAUAUCGAGGGUGAACGUUUGCGGUACAUCGAGUGCAUGCAUCAGCCUGUCUGUGAUCACGAAUCGAAGAUUCGCGAAUUUUUAUUUCGGUUGGGUACAAACCUACCACGAAAUAUUCCAUGGAAUUUUGCAUCCUCUUUGGAUUUGGAUGACGCGAAUGAUUUCAAGUGGAUGCCUAUGGAGUUAUGGUUGGAAGCGUUCUCCCAGCUGGAUACACUGACGCAGACCAUGCUGCGUGCCGUCUGCUCGGCGUGGAACGACACCAUGGACUCGCUUAAGCUGGCGUCCAACCUUAUAAUUAAACUCUCCGAGAACAACAACCUGGAAAACUACGAUCUGAUCGUUUACUCCAUGAUAGCCCCUAUCUUUGCUCGGUUGACGACAUCCACAAAACGCAUCAUUGUGGUUAAUCGAUGGGAGUGUUACGGGAGCGGUGAUAAUUUUGAUGCUUUAAAGGUGCUGGACAUGAUUCACUAUGUGGCAGCCCGCAAUCCGCUCAUCCAGCUGGCGUCAGUGAAUUUCGUGCGCUUUCGUCUGGACCUGCAGGUUGCUGGGUACUGUCAUACUGACCAGUGUAAACUGCAUCAGAUCAACCCUGCAGACAUCGUUCUCUACGGCGAUCGUUUCGAAGUCUACCUUGAUGAUUUUGUCGACCGAUGCCGAAGUCUUCCAUGCGCUGCACUGCGGCUAACCAACUCGUCCGUGUUUCUGGACACUGGUCACGAAGACUUCGGAGAAUGUCAUAGUAAGGAUCGUCUUGUUCGCAUCACCACGCCGCUGCUGGCGCUCGAUGUCAACUUCGAAAGUUUAAUGUGGGAAGCCUUUGAGUUCAGUUUGGCGGUACCAAACAACGACCAACUGGGAAUGGUGUCUGAAUGGUUCGCUGCAUUAACCGGCGAAGAAAGUAUAAAAAUGGUUUGCAAGGUUUUAUGUGAGACGCACACGAUUGAUCCUCGGCCCUGGUUGCAUUAUCGCGGGAAGAAAUGGUGCCUUGACGGUUUGAAAGGGAUCGACUUGACGAAGCUGUCCGGGAUAGCGAUGUACUUUCUCAUCGAUCGGGUAAAGCCACCUACUGUGUGUGGCGUAAAUGAUACGGAGUGAGUGCCUAGUGACUGCCUACGAUGUGUCAGCGGCGUCGAAGAACCUGCUCCCAUCCACUCGUCUGGACUGGCUAUGACAGAUUAAUGAUUUUAUUAAUUCGCCAGCGCUUGCUUUUUCGCGUGUGGUACACGAUCCACCAUGCACUGUUAAGCCUAUGAGUUUUGACCUUUCUGUUGUGUUUGUUUUUAAAAUUAAAGCAUUUUGUCUGGUUUAUCCCGUAAUGUAAAGAAGCUCUUUUGUUCCCAGGCUGA